AUCGCGGCCCGAAAACCCAUCGGCCUGAUCUCCGCAGAGGCUGUUCGGGACAGACCAAAGACUACAAUGAACAGUUUCUGCUAACAUCAGCCCUGAGGCCAAAAUGACCCGCAUCCGAAGUUUUGGCCAAGUGGAAAGGUCAUUGUUCUAUGGACAUUAGAAGAACUCUGUGGCCCUUGAGGAAAACAGCAACAAACUCCUCUUCUUCUGACACGAUGUGUGGCAACUACGGGAACUACUACAAUGGCUGUGGCUACGGCUGUGGCUAUGGCUCUGGCUAUGGCUGUGGGUACGGCUGUGGAUACGGCUCCGGCUAUGGCUGUGGAUACGGCUCCGGCUAUGGAUGUGGAUACGGCUCCGGCUAUGGCUGUGGAUAUGGCAACUACGGGGGACUGGGUUGUGGCUAUGGCUCUGGCUAUGGCUGCUACAGCUACCGUCCAUACUGCUACCGGAGAUGCUAUUCUUCCUGCUUCUAGAAAGUGAGAUGCUGCGAGCUUCGUGCUUUGAACAAG